UAUACCCUGAUUAUGCAAAUAUUCGGCGGUAAUAACAUUAACAAUGCCGGCGACUUCAUGCAUGCGUGAAUCCCGAUGCCUUCGUCCGAGCCUCGGCACGCUCGGCAUCGGAUCUCGGCGGAUCCCUGUUAAACGAUCGACAAUUAUUUAUCGCGGACCUAUUGGCAUCGUAUGUCGUCGCGCACAGUUCUGUGAUUGACAUAUCGAGCGCUGUGCUCAAAAUAGUGCGAGAAUUUCGUAGCGAGCGUCUCACUCUUCUCCGUCCGAAGUUCGCCGAAAUCAACUGCAGACUUAAUGCGCUCGCGAUGGACGCCGGAAGACGUGAAUUAUUCCAGAACCAAGGAUAUCAAUUUUAAUUCGACGAAAGGAAGCUCUCGACAUCGACGAAAUAGCUCUCAAUUAAAAAGAUAACAAACAAUAGUUUUAGAAAGGAAAGCUUUAUCCAGCAAGAUCACACUCGAAUAACAACUAACUCUUCUUUCGUAAUUGUACGCCUGUGCAAAAAAGAUCUGAAAAAAUUCAGGGACAAUGCUUACGACACCACGCAUUUGAACUUUGUCCUCUACGACCAGGAUCGUAAACUUAAUUGCGUUGCGUAUUUUACGUAAUUGCACUGUUAUUAUUUUCUUCUCAUUUUUAUUAUCGCUGCUUUCCCGUACGAGUUUUCUUUGUAUCGGAACGGCGGGCCAUGUUGGCAUUGCCAGCAGCACGUGGUAGCCAGCUGACAGCUGGUUUGUGUUGGCCGGCAGUCGCCAUGACGACUGAAACGAUCGACGCACAAGGGCAAUAUCAGCUUCGCCGAUGUUUCGUGGUAGCGGCGUAAUGCACCCGGUGCAUUUGCAACGGGAACUGUGAAAUUACGGUCGUUGGGCAAAAAAGAAAAAAAUGGUGGUCGUUGAUAAACGUAGAUCGCUGAUAGUGUCGACCGCUGGCCACUUCUUUGGCGUUCCUGUGGACGACGGUGCGAACGAUGAGGCCGUCGUUGACAGUGAAUCGGUGCUCGAGAAUUUCUUGGACAGAGCCACGUGUCGGACGCUGUGUGCACAGCCGGCUGGCAACGAGGACAACGAAGUGCGACUGCAAUUGACUAGCGAACUACCUGUCGGGAAAAACACCUUGGUCUUCUUCAAGUUGAAAGAGGCCGCCGUGACAGAGAAGAACUUCUACGACCUGGUCCACGUGACGUCGACCGGCAGCGGAGAAGGAUCCACAUUGAUCGAGGCUCUUCGACAAGUAUGGGCCCCGACGUUGCGUUCUUCCGGUCUGAGCCCGUCGUACCUGAAGAGGUUGGAGGAGAACCUGCUCGGCUCGCCGAUCACAACUUCCGUCUUCGAGGAGGAGGAUCACUGGCGGAAGAGAUGGGAGGAGGCGAAGCGUUCGCACGACAAAACGAUUUUCGCCGAGGCUGUAAAAUCCCUGAAGAGCAUCCGAGCCGAGCUCGAGAGCGCGGCGGUGGCCAGAAACGAACUGAUCGCGAUGGAGGACGCCGUGGAGGCGGUUUCCGGUUACGUGGACGAUUUAUGGAAACUAGGGGAUCCUGUGUACUCGGAGGAUCGUAUGAAGUCCUUCCUGGACAUCGUUGGAGACGAGGUGGUCUCCCUGGUCCAGAAUGUCAUGGAGGAGAUGCGCACUUCCGACGAUCGCGCGAAGAUCGAAGCGAUCUCGAUCGGUGCCGGUAUCUGCGAAAAGUGGACCAACAUGGCGGAGAAGUUCACGAUGCUGUUCUGGCCUCAUCAUUCUCUUCAUCCCUGGAAAGGGCCCAGUCACAUUCCUCAAAGAUGUGCGAUCAUCGGUGAACGACUCAGACAGAUAGCGGAGCUGUGUGCCCAGUAUCGGCAAUUAACCAGGCUGCUAACGCAGAACGAAAGAUCCGGACUUGGCACCGACACCUUAUUACAAUACUUCGACGAUGUCAGAGUGGUGUUCGACGACGACGAGAAAAGCACCGACUGGAACCGGCUCAGGAGAAAGGUUGAAGAGGGUUUGGUACCUGCGGAGGAACGGGUUGCUCAGAAGCUGAAGUCUCAGAUUGCCGACGCCACCACCCCGAAUUCUUUGCUCGCCGAGUUUCGACGUUACUUCGAGUUAAUGAAGAGGGAAGGCUUGAAGAGAUCCUUGAGGGGAGAACGUGAAACCCUGCUAUCCGCUUACGGGGACCUUAUAGAUAACUGUCUGGCCGGGCCGGAUACAGGAGAUCUCUUGGACAGUCCUAAAAUACUUCAGGAAGUUCAAGCAGCUAGAUCAGCAGAGGCACGGCUGGAAAGCUUAGAUAAACUAGGGAAAGAGCUGCUGGAUGAUCUUCCCGGCUACGAGGAGGUCUCGUCGAAGGUGAUAAGGGCUCUGAAAGACGUCGAGAGAAAGCGACAGAGCUUCCUCGAAACUUGGACAGAGGAGACGAAAGAGGCUGUGGCAAGGAAGGAGCUGUCCCUGGGCACCGAUUCGGCCGUGGUAGAGCUAACAGGUACCAGUAUGAUGCGAGUGACGUACGAUCCCCGAUUAAUGACGCUGAUCAGAGAGGCGAGAGCGCUGUCGAGCCAAGGUGUCGAAUUACCUCGAGAGGUCAGGGACUUGGUCGAGAGAGCAGGAAGUUUGGCAGGACGUGCCAGGGCUCUCCAGCAGGUCGCAACUUUUCACAACACGAUUGGGGAUCGCAUGGUGCCAUCCCAGAGGCCAUUGAUGCUCACAACUGCUCUGGAACUUGCUCGAGCUGUUCAGGAACAGUCUGGCGUCGUUUGGUCCGAUCCUAUGGCUGUUGACGCCUACACCGCCAGGUUGAAAGAGCUGGUGAGGAAGUUCGCGCAGCAAAACUCCGAUCUUGCUGCGAAGCACUGCGCGCUCCGUGAUCUGGUGUCGAGCUUGCUGAAAGGAGAGACGGUGAACCUGAUUGGUAAUCAGAAUGCCUGGAAAGACGCGUUGAUGAACAUGAGGACGAUCGUCGAUACCGUCGAAGCGGAAUAUGGGAACACGAAAGCCUGGAAACUUCACUGGGACAGACAGUUGUUGAAAGCGUUAGGAGUUGCUUACAGGGGCGCGUUGCCGUCUCUGUUGAAGAAGUUGCCGGACGUUAAAGCGGAGCUGACGUUCCGGGAUGGAUCGUUGCAAUGGCGGCCGUCGCUGGAGGAGAUCCGCGCGAAAUUGUACUCGUCGAUCCGUCGAUCCCUCUCGAUCCCGAUGAAUUUCCGCGGGGUCGGCGACACCGUCGAUGCCCGAUUCGGCGACCUGAUUCAAAGGAGCGGCUAUCUGUUCGGAGGCGUCUACAAGCAGGCCGAAAUUGCUCUUUCCGCUCUGGAAACGCUCCGAACGAAAUGGCUGUAUCUCGCGGCGCCGGCGAAAAUCGACGCUGCUGAAUGUCUGAAAGGCCGAUCGCCGCAGGAGUGGACGAGAGCAUUCAAAGACGCCAAACAAUGGGCUCAAGAGGUGGGGAAAUUGCGAGGCAACGAGGUGAAAAUCUGGUGCAUCAGCGUGGACACGUCAACGACCAGGAGCGACUUAGAAUCGGCAUCCCGUCGCUAUUGGGAACGUUUAUGCUCCGAUUUAAGGGUGGAAGCUUCAUCUAGAUUGGUAGCGAUCGUCGAGUUUCUUUCGUCCGCUUCAAAGGAAUUGGAGCGCAGACCCAGGAGCGUGGAGGAAGUUGGAUUAGCUUACGAAGCUCAUGCACGAAUCGAAAAGCAAUCCUCCGGCAUGGCCGACGAAAUGGAGGCCAUCGCUGGACUAUCGAAGGUCUUGGCAGCUUGGACCAGCGAGAAACUGGAAGGAGUCACCGCGGCUUACACAUCCUGGCAGGACCUAGCCGACCGUCUGGAACGUCACAAAAUGGUGGUAGCCCGGGAACUAGAAGACGCAAAGGUGAACCUCCGACACCGAGGCGUCGCCUUGCGAGACGAGAUAGAAAGAUGGCAAACAAAAUGGUCCUCGAAGCCCGAGAUCCUUUCAUUGGAUUGGAUAAUCUCGAUGAGGGAAAGAUGGACGAACCUGAAGGAACAAUUGGACGUAUUGAAGACCGAUUGCUGCAGGGUCGAGCUAAGCAUCGACGAAUUAUUAGAGGACAACGAGGAAACCGUGAAGAAUCUAGAGCUACAGCUAGAAGUGGAGGAAUCGAACUGUCGGUUCCAAGCGGAGUUCAUCGAGGAGCUGAAGAACCAAGAGGACGAAGAAUGGACCGUGGCGAGGAGAAGGCUGCCUCGUCUCCACGACUGGUUGGACUCCUGGGAGAACAGGAUACGCGUUCAGCUGAAGGAUCAAUUGAAGGAGGACUCCUUGGAGCAGAGGGAUAGCCUCGAGGCCAGCACCUUCGUUGGCAGGAAGGUUCGCGAGAUACGAGGUGGCAUCGAGUGGCUUCAGCUGCUUCGCGGUGACGAGAUAGCCGAGGAACAUUGGGGAGAACUCAGGGCCGUUUUAAACCUAAUCGACGUCAAGAACGUUAGAGACAUCACUUUGGGUCACCUGCUGCGAUCCGUACAGAAGAUCGAGGAACACUCCGAGAGGAUAAAGGAGAUCGCGAGGCGGGCCGCGGCAGAGAGCGGAAUUCGUCAAGGGCUGAUGGAGCUGGAGUCCUGGGAGGCAUCCGCGCAUUUUCAGCUCCAACAGUCAAAGGACAGCAAAAACGUCGGCAUUCUUCUCGUCGAGGAGUACGGCAGUUUGUUAGCGAGGUCGGGUGAACUGAGGCUGUUGCUGGAGGGCGCCAAGGGGGCGGCUGGAUACGAGAGGUUCGCCGCGAGGGUCGCUCGAUGCGAGACUGGACUUUCUGAAGUGGAGGAGAGGAUAAAGACGCUCAGCACUGUGCAGAGGAAGUGGGUCUAUCUGGAGCCUGUCUACGAAGGUGGAGCUGCCCCGAAUGACACCGGCAGGUGGUCCAGGGCCAACAAAGAGUUCAGGUACCUAAUGGGCGAGGUGUCCCGCGAUCCAAGGGUGUCGUCCUUGAGGAGGCUUCCGAUAUCAACCUUUACGAACCUGAAAGACCUCUUGGACAGGUGUCAGAGAAGUCUCGACGAGUACUUGGAGGAAAAGAGAUCGUCCUACCCCCGUCUCUAUUUCCUGAGCGACGAGGAUCUUCUCGAAUUAGUGUCAGCGCACGGCCGGGGCCUGGAAGCUCAUCUACCGAAACUGUAUCAAGGCGUCGGAUCGAUAAUAAAGGACGAUAAUGGACUGACGGCCGUUGUAUCGCCAGAAGGUGAAAUAUUGCAGUUACCGAGGCCCGUCGACCUCCGGGAGCCAUUACCGCGAUGGCUGGGCAAUCUCGAGGAUGGAAUGAAAACCGCCCUGCAACAGAGUUUAGAAAAAUGCCUGGCCGACAGCUCGCCCGACCCUUCAUCCUACCCGGCACAAGUCCUGCUGUUGGCGGAGAGGAUUCGAUUCGCUGAACGAUGCGAGAACGCUCUGAAAGAAGGUCGUUCGUCUUUGAAGAAUCUCGUCGACUAUCUGGAGACACAAAGGGCGAGAUACAGGGGCCUGGAGGAUGCCGGUGACAAGCUGACUGCACUGAAAGCUCGUGGGCUCCUUCUCGACACUGUCCAUCAUCUCGGGACAGCCAGGAAUCUCUUGAAUGUCACUGUUCAGGGAGAGAGCACUGUUUGGACGUGGCGGAGACAAUUGAGGUGCUAUCGGACCAGUAAGGGACCGGUGGUCCGCUGUGCCGGUGCAGAAUUUCCGUAUCGUUUCGAGUAUCAAGGCGCGGCAGCCGGUCUGGUCCAAACGCCGUUGACGGAGAGGUGCUUUUUAGCUCUGGCACAGGCAAUGAAGCUCGGCCUCGGUGGCAGUCCGACCGGACCAGCUGGAACCGGGAAAACCGAGAGCGUAAAAGCUCUCGGAUCUAUUCUAGGCAGACUCGUUUUAGUUUUCAAUUGCGACGAAGGAAUGGACGCGGGUUGCAUGAGACGAAUCUUAGGCGGUUUGGCACAGGCAGGCGCAUGGGGAUGUUUCGACGAGUUCAAUCGCCUCGAGGAGGAAACCCUUAGCGCGGUCGCCAUGUUGGUUCGACCACUGCAAGAGGCUGUCCGUGACGGUGCAUCGGAAGUCCUGUUGGCCGAUCAAAGGGUGAACCUCGAUCCCCAUUGCUGCGUGUUCAUCACGAUGAACCCCGCUGGGAUCGAGUACGGUGGCCGUAGGAAGCUUCCGGAUUCUCUGGCGAGGCUCUUCAGGCCUGUCGGAAUGGCGCAUCCCGAUAGAUCGGACAUCGUGAAAGCGUUGCUGGAGUGCGCCGGAUUCUUGGACGCCUCGACGCUGGCGAAACAGCUCGUCGAGACGCUCGACAUCGCAGAGAUACUGCUCUCUAGCCAGCCGCACUAUGACUGGGGUCUUAGGGCUCUUAGAUCUGUUCUGGACGCCAUUCCGGUGAAGACUGAACUGGACGAGACCAGCAGGCUGGUGGCAGCGAUCAGGGCGUCGACAUUGCCGAAACUGACGCAGGAGGACACGACGAAGUUUCUCUCGCUGUUGGAAGACAUUUUCCCGAAGGUGAACCCGUCCUCGUCAACAUUCAUCGACAGACUGGAUUUGCAGGCUGUUUUGCAGCAGCUCUGUGCCGACCAUGAGCUGAGCAACGAAAUGGCAAACAGAUGCAUUCAGUUGAACGACCAGCUGAAAAGCAGAACGGGCGUCGUGAUCGUCGGACCGGCGGGAAGCGGUAAAACAACCAUAAGGAAACUUUUAUGGGAAGCUCUAACGAAAAUCGGCGAGACGGUCGUUGAGUUUCACGUGUAUCCCGGUGCUAUGCCUAAAUCGAGACUGCUGGGUCGCGUGGAUCCGCAAACUAGGGAGUGGAAAGAAGGUCUGUUAUCAAGCGCCGUGACGUCCGCAGGAGAAUCAACGACCUGGAUCGUCCUUAACGGCGACGUUGAACCCGAUUGGGCCGAAGCUUUAAACUCUGCCCUGGACGACAAUAGGUUAUUGACUUUGCCCAACGGCGUGGGAGUGAAGCUUGGCUCUGGGACUAAGUUUAUCUUCGAGACCCACAAAUUAGCCGGCGCGAGUCCAGCCACAGUGUCGCGAUUAGGGGUGGUUCAUUUGGGUUCCACGAUCCCCACAAGCUUGCUGGUGCCCUCGAAACUGACGAAGCUACCGGAAGUGGUGAAAGAAGUGGCGAACUCCCAUCUCUGUCCCGCCAUCGAGGAAUGUUUGAAGAUCAAUCAAGACACUUCCUCCGCUUCCGGUCUAAUGGACGCCGCACUCUGCCACUUGAGGACCGCCAAUACACGUACCUCCGCUUCUUACGGGCUGCUCGCCUCCCUCUGCAGUCAAAUCGGGGAUGAGACGGCUAGAAACGAUUUGGCUCGGUUGAUCUAUCAAUUUACCGAUUGCUGGUGUCCAAAUCCGCAGAAACCGUGUUCUGUGUUGUACAACGGAAUUACCGAUCGAGUGGAAGCUGUUCAGGUCGUUGACGACUCGGUGGACACGGAUGACGGACCUGUUUUACUGUCAGGCGCCAUGAAGGUAGCUCUGGCAAGCGUUUUGCCAUGGAUCCAAAACAACCAACCGAUAAUGAUAAGGGGCCCAGAGGGUUGCGGGAAGACCACCCUAAUAUCCGUUAUUCUCUCCACGAUCAGAAGCAACGAGCCUUCGACUUUGAUAAAGGGCUCGUCCCUUUACGGCGCUCAGGAUUUGGUGACGAAGCUGAAGCGGGGAUGCGUGCAAUUGAACUCCUCUUCUCAUGGGAGAACGUACAAGCCACGAAGUGGAUCGAGAGUGGUCUUGAUCCUCGAAGACAUGCAUCUCGCCUCCAAAGACUUACAGGAGUUGUUACGCGAGCUGCUGCAAGAAGGAGGAUACCAUGAAGAGGACCUGGAAUUCGCCAGGAUUCCUCUGACCGUUCUGUGCACUACAGAUGCAUCGACUAAACUGCAUCCGAGACUGGAGGCUCUUCUAUCGACUCAUUAUCUACCGUAUCCGAGCCCGAAGGAGAUUGCCGCAGUUUUGGACCUGCAUCUGAACGGCAGCUUAAACGGGGAUCGCAACCUGAUCGGAUCCUGGAUCGCGCAGAUGGCGCCCGCCAUAUUGGAAGCUUUCGAACUAAUGGAAACCUGUCGAGGUUUGCCUAUCAAAUGGACACCGAAAGAUCUGAUCCAGUGGGCCGACAGUUUGAAGUGUUACCCCGUUCCGGAGAAUGAAACAUCUAUCACCGGCUUCCUUUUGGAUGCUGGACGACGUCUCCUUCAUCCCAGAUUAACGUCGAGGGAUCAGUCACGCUGGGAAUCGAUGGUGCAGUCGAAAGUGGCAGGACCGCCUAUGUCUGUGGGCGACGUGUACAUAUGGAGACGCGGUAAUACGGGCUUAUCUGCGUUGGACGAGGAACAGUGGAGAAAGGAGAUAAUUAACGCGGCUGCGAGAUGCGCCAGAGAAGGCGAUCCGGUGCAAGCGUCGAUCUCGUCGCACCUGUUGCGCACAGUGGCCGGAUUAAGUUGGGCCUUCGGCACGAGCUUGAGAGGUGUGAUUUUAAUUGGACGACCUGGAGCAGGAAGGAAAUCAGCCGUCAGACUCGCCUCCAUUUAUUCUUCCCUUCGACUGGUGGACUCGGGACCUGGUCGUGGUCGAGCAUCGAUGAAAGCGGCGGUCCAAGCCGCUGGUGUCGACGGCGAACCGACCCUACUUCUGCUGGAAGAGCAUCACAUGAGAGAAAAUGGAUUGGCUGUUUUGGCGAGCGCAAUAGUGUCACGGGGCGAACUUCCAGGACUAUUUACAGCUGAAGAACUGGACGGUUUAAUAGCGCCGCUGGCCGACGUGGCGAGGAGGGAAGAUUUCUCGGGCACUUUGGAACAAUACCUCUACCACAGAUUGAGGAACUACCUAAAAGUGGCAAUGAUCCUGGACAACGGGGAGAUGAAAUCGUCCUGGCUGACUCGAUCAGGCCUAUUGAAGCACUGCGGCCUGAUCGGUCCGGGAAUCGGCAGCGAAUGGUGGUCCAGCGAAGGACCCCUAACCGAACUAGCCCGUGAACAAAACGGCGAAACCGAGGACUCUGUGGAUGCUUCGCAAGGCGUCAAGGAGUUGGUCAAGGCUCACCUUCAAGCUCCGCGACAGCAGCAAGCUCCUGCUCGGUUCUUCGCGUUGCUGCACACCUGGAGACACUUGCACGUGACCUGGAGCGAGGACGUGGAACAGAAGCUGAACAGUCUCGAAGCUGGGAUCGGGAGAUUGAAGGAAGCCGGGGAACAGGUGGCGAAAUUGGAGGAUGAAGUCUCCGGGCAGCGCCAAGAGCUCGAGGCGGAACAGGGUCGAGCUAACGCAGCUUUAGAACAAAUUACAGCUACCAUGAGGGGCGCAACGGGACAAAGGGGUGAGAUGGCGAACCUGAAGGCCGAGACUGAACGGGAGAGUGCUGAGCUAGCCCGCAGGAAGGCAGACAUCGAGGGCGAGCUUGGAAAAGUGGAGCCGUUGGUCGAGCAAGCGGCUCAUGCAGUAGCUGGCAUAAGUGCUGACGCAUUGUCGGAGGUACGUUCGCUGAGAGCACCCCCAGCGCCCGUUAGAGACGUCCUCGAGGGUGUCCUCCGAUUGAUGGGUAUCAAAGACACUUCGUGGAACAGCAUGAAGACGUUCUUAGCGAAGCGUGGGAUCAAGGACGAGAUCAGAACGUGGGACGCGAGAAGAAGCACGACUGCGAGCCUGGAGGCGGUUGCCAAGUUGGUCAAGGAGCGGCCGGAGAGUUUCGAGGAGAAAACCGCGAAGAGAGCUUCGCAGGCUGCUGCGCCAUUGGCUGCUUGGGUUCUGGCGAACCUUCAAUACGGCCAGAUCCUUCAGCAAGUCGCGCCACUUGAGAAAGAGCAACGACUGCUGGCCGAGAGUCUGUCAGCGGCAGAAGCUCAGAUAGGUAAGUUAGCAGCCGGACUGAACUCCGUCGAAAGCCGCGUGGCGCAGCUUCAAGAACAACUCGCGGAGCAUUCUAGAGGUGCGGCAGCCUUGCAACUGAGAGCCGAGGCCACCGAAGGCAGGCUAACAACUGCCAGGGCGUUGCUUCAGAAACUGGACACAGAGCACCGUGAUUGGCAGACACAGUUAGAGGAGUUGACCGCUAGGAAAGAGAAGUUGGACGUCGAGGCUGCAAAUGUCGCUUCGCUGUUGGUCUACGAGAAUCCGGGGAGAGACGACAAAUGGAAAAAGUUGGCGAUCGAUCUGCUGAUCAGCGAGAGGGAGCGUCUUCUAUGGCGAGCUCAGGGUCUGCCAGCUGACACCGGAAGUCUCGUGGCAGCUUCGUGCGCCCUGAGAGGCCCGUUGGUCCCCAUCUUCGUGGACCCGUCCGGCGUAGCCGUCGCCUGGCUGAAGAACAACAUCGGCUCUCGCAUGGAGGUCACCAGGCCGGAAGACGGGAAGUUCCUGACCGCUUUGGAGCUGGCCGUGCGAUUCGGGAAACCGUUGUUGGUCGAGGAGCUCGUCGAGUUCCCCUCGAUAUUGUUGCCGCUGCUGCGUCGGCGUCCCCUGAGGCUCGGUGAACGAACUUUGCCGCCUCCGCAGGGCUUCAAACUUUUCCUCGCCACCAGACGGGACAGAUUGGAUGGUUUUCCGAAGGAAGUUGACGCGGUCUUGUUCAAGAUUGCCCUCGGGGCCAGCACUAAGAGCCUGGCGGAGCGAUUCGUCGAGAGGGUUUUGUUAAAGGAAACGCCGGAGUUGGCAACGAAAAGGAAAGAGGCACUGGAACGGGAAGAAAAAUUGUCCGGCGAACGGGACACGGCGAGAUUGGAUCUGCUGGCGCAGUUGGCGACCGCGAGGGGUCAAGACCUCCUCCAGGAGUCUGAAGGAUCCCAGGGUGGACUCUUGUCAUCGUUGGAGGCCACUCAGUCGAAAGCGAAAGAAAUCGCGUUCGCUCUCGAAGAAAGCCGCAGAAGCUUGGAGAACGUUUCCAGGAGAGCAAAGGAGCACGAGAAACUGGCGAAGUUCGCAGCCAGUUUGUACAAGACAGUGAGGGCUCUGACAGCCUUGAGUCCGCUUUACGUUUUUUCUGCGGAAGCUUUCACGGACAUUUACCUGGAAGCCGAGGAUUAUAGGAAUUCGAUAGUGUCUGAGGAUAAGAAAGAGCAGGAUAAACUGAUUGAGAAACGAUUAAUAAGUUUAACCCUGUACCACUGCGCGAAAGCGGUCUACAGGAAGCACCGGCUGCCUCUGGCAUUGCAGCUCGCGCUCUCGUUGCAUUCGGUGCCAGACGUCGAGAGGAACUUCCUGCUGGGCGAAGUGCUAUCGAACGACGACGGGGAUUCUGAUUACAGAGUGCCUGAAUGGGUGCCCGAGGAGCGACGGCUCUCCGUCCGCGCUUUGGUGUCAGCAUUGCCUCAUGUCGCCGCGAAGAUGAAGCCCGCCUAUCUGAACGAUGCCAGCAACAUUUACGCGGAGACCGAGUUGACCACGUUCCGGAAGAUCCUGCUGAUCAAGACAUUGCGACCUGAUUAUCUGUACACCGCACUGACGAAACUGGCUGCGGAAGUUUUGGGUGUGAAAGAACUAGCUCCACCGCCAUGGUCCCUGAGGAACGUAGCCGAAGAACAAGCUUCGUAUCCCGUGUUGCUGCUACUAUCUCCGGGAGCAGAUCCUGGCUCAGAGCUGCAAGGUCUAGCGAACAAUCAGGUUGCAUCCGCGACAGGAUUCACCGAGGUGUCUUUAGGCCAGGGUCAAGUCGCACAGGCCGAGCUCGCGUUGGAAAGUGCUUGUCGAAACGGCAACUGGCUGCUGCUGAGCAACCUGCACCUAGCUCUGAACUGGUUGCCCCGUUUGGAGAGCCUGCUACGGUCCCCCAUGUGCACCAUCAACAAGAACCCAUCCACCAGGAUCUGGCUGACCACAGAAGAGUGUUUAGGCUUCUACCCAAGCCUAGCAGGCCUCUGUCUGAAGCUGGCUUACGAAGCGCCGGAAGGAGUGAAAAGGAAUGUGAAGCGGUCUCUUCAACAACUUCAGCAGAGACAGCAGGACCGCUUGAACGUUCCCGGAGGCGUUCUAUUGUCCUGGCUGCACGCGACCCUUCAGGAACGACGGAAAUUCGUUCCCGAAGGUUGGAUCCGACCGUACGAGUGGAACGAAGCGGACAUAGAGGCUGCCUACGAGCUGGUGGUCAGGGAGAUACCCUCGAAAAGGAACAAGGACAACGACGGAUCCUGGCAGACUGGCAGAGGACUGCUAGACGUCGCCAUUUACGGAGGCAGGCUGCAGGAUGACUACGACAUGAGGGCUCUGUGCUCCAUUGUCCGCGAUAUCUGGUCCGCCGAGGUCUACGAAGGCAGGAGGAAGCUAGCCGGAAUCCUCAGGAUCACCGGGAGCUCCUUCGAGGAUGCUCUCAAUGUCUUGGAACAGGUUCCUGACAGCGAUUCGCCUAGAGAAUUCUUCGGACUUCCGGCAAACGCGCACAGAGCCUGGGAGAGGGGCGCUGCCGAAGCUGCUCUGUCCCAUCUGAAAGGUGUCCUGCUGAAAGUGUCGGUCGGCGACGAAAGGAACGACAGCAGAAAAACCGAAUCGAGAAUUCAGAGGGACUUGAAGGAUCUGAUCGAGCGUCACAGCUCGAUCUUCGCCUUGCCGCCGAUGGGAAGCGGCGGGAUCAAGAACCCAUUGGAACGGUUCUUCGUCGACGAGCUGAAUUUAACCAAGAAUACACUGAAUCUUAUUCGAGCAGACGCUGAUAGUCUGCGUUUCGAGGACUCGAAGACACCAAAAUGCUGGUUAGACGAAUGGAAAUACGGGCCGAAGGACGUCCUGCCUUUCGUGAAAGGAUUACUGUCCAGAUACCAAACCCUAGAGACGAUGCUGUCGAUCUCUUCGUCCAUAAUUGACAUGUCCCGAUUGGCCAGGCCGCGGGCGUUCCUCACGGUCCUGAAGCAGCACACCGCCAGGGAAACUAGACAGCCUCUGGAAAAUCUUCGGCUUCGUGUCAACUGGAUUGAAAAACAGAGGAGGGAGGAGUGGAAGAUAUCGUUGAUCAUCGAAGGCCUGCUUAUAUCGGGUGCGGUGAUACAAGAUGGCGUCUUGAAGGACCUAGAUGCGAACGCGGCGUCGGUCGCAGCGGCACCCAGUUGUCAGAUCGCAUUUCUUCCGGAGAAUUAUGCCGACGAUAAAGUGGGUACUAACGUGAUGGGUGAUUAUUUGCGGAAUUUCGAAGAGGAUAUUCUUAAUAUCCCGGUGUACGCGACCUCGCAAAGGGAUAUGCUGAUCUGCUCGCUACCGAUUAGGUGUCCGAAAGAGGAUCAGGACAUUUGGUUGCGUCGGGGUGUUGCUUUCCAUUUGAAGCUGACAUAAUUCUGUAAUGGUGAUUUGUUCUACUAAACUACGAAGUAUAAUAAUGUCUCCCUAAUUGACGCUCGGAUUGUACACAAAAAUGGACAAUGUG